ACCAACAGUGAGGUCAUGCGGGAUGCGUGGGUGAAGCAGAUUCAGGGGGCGCUGGAGUGGGCGUUAGAGUGCGACAGCUACACCGUCACGCUGGGAGGAGCAGAGGACAAUGUGUGCACACGCGUCACAGACACACCCUUUCCCGAAACACGCACCAGUCUGACGGACGCCAAUGCCAUGUUUCACCUGGGCGUGCCCAUGGAUGCACCCGACGGCUACACUGGCGCCUAUGACAAUGGGCUGUUCCAUCCACCACACACACUCUCCGACAACGAACUCAAGUCAACCAGUUCAGGCAGUCUCCCACACUCCCGCAGACAAUCCCAAAUAUCCAUGAGUACUGGCAGUAAGAGCUCACUCACGCGACCACGCGCAAACACCAGUGGCAGUGCACGCUCCAGUGGGGCCAGCGUCAGAGAUACCAUUGACGCCUUGAAAAAACCAAGCCUCAAUGUCAGAAUUGCCGCGUCCACGAUAAGUGUCGAACCAAUGUUACCCUCCUUGCCGACGACAUCUAGUGACCCGGAUAUAGCUAAGGGGCGGUAG